AAGCAUUCAGUUCGAUUAUACAUUACAGUAAUCUACUAAAAUCAACCCACAAAAUCAACUAAACAUGAAAUCCUCUAUCGUCUGCUACUUAUUGGCUACAGUAGUGCUCAGCCUGUGCGUUUUCAACGCGGACGCGGGUCUGCGCAAGCCCAAGAAACUUACACCAGAACUGGAAGCGAAGUUCGAAGUUUUGACCGCUUGGAUUGCCUAUCGUCUCAAUUUGAAACACGCCAAGGAAGCCUGCGUGGGCGAAUAUGGCUUUUCGGAUGAGCUCGCCACAAAUCUGGUAAAAAUAAAGGUGGCGAACCCAAGUGAUCGCGAGAAGUGCUACGUGAACUGUCUCUACAAUAAAUUGGUAUUCUAUAAGGAUGAUGCCAUCAACAAACAGGCCAUGAAGGAGUCGCUUUAUGAAAUUGUGGGUGAACAACGCUUAUUGAAUAUUGUUGAUGGUUGUCUAAACGCUGGCGGCACCAAUGCAUGUGAUAAGGUGUAUAAAUUCCAUGCUUGCGCCUCACCGGAAUUCGACAAAGUACGCAGUGAUAUCUUCUUACCCGAUGAAUAGAUAAUUUCGAGUUAAUGUAUUUAAUGUAUUUAUUUAAUAAAAUGUAUUUAAGA